AUGUCUCCCAUGGCUAGUAUCCAAGUCGAAUAUCUUGCCAAGAAGUAUAAAGUAUUCUCUGCCCUCCGAAGAAAGAAGAGAGUCACCAGAAUGCACAUUAUGGCACAAAGCGGCAGAACACCUGCCAAUGCAGCAAAGAAGGAGUUGUUCAUCCAGGAAAGUUAUAAACCAGAGAGACCAAAAUACUCGAUCGACACUCAGCCAAAGAAGAAGAAAAACAAGGAUACCAAGAGGAAACAUCAAGACGACCCAUCAUCAUCAAUUACCAAACAACAACAGACAAAGAAGAAGAAAAAUGGAAUACCUUCGGAUGGCAUAAUGUCUGGCGAUAUCCAACCUCUAAAGAAACUGAAACAUGGAGAAGUUGUCGAUUCAAAGGAGCCAAUACCUCAAUCCAACAUCGGUCACAUCAUGCUCACAAAGAUGGGAUGGGGCGGUGGAGGUCUUGGUGCCGAUGGACAGGGUACAAGUGCUCCGAUCCCAGUGGUCAUGCGAAGGGAUCGUCUGGGGCUUGGUCUCUAA